AUGGCCGGACUCAUGAAGAACAUCUUCCGCUUCUCGCGCAAGGACCCGGAGCCUGCAUACAUCGAACCGUCGCCGCCGCCAGAGGACGCGACGUUCAGUUCCCACCACGAGUAUCCCGAGUACUCGGAGGAGUUCACGCCGUACCCCUUCUUCCCUACGCCUGGCGACAAGGAGCUGAACGCAGCAGGAGCAGGAUUUGGUGUAGACGCUGGACCGCACUCGGGACAGCGGGGCGUGCCACUCGACGUUCCUCAACCACCAGUUCAACCAGUUCAACAGCAGCAGCAACGUCAAGCCGGCUUCGAAUCGUACCCAUACUCGCAGUACCCUCUGUCACCGCCGGGUGACCCUCAAAAUUACCCUCAGGCGCAAGAGCAGUUUGCCCAGAACGUUUUCCCCCCGAGUGGCCUGCAAAACGGUCACGCUCAACCGACCGGCCGUGACUUCAGUCCCGACAAGUUCGCAAAGACGACACUGAAGAGCGCCUCCGGUAUCGCGAUCGACUUCAUCCCCGAGGAAUCCGAGCCGGACUCGGACACGAAUCCGACCCGCCGCCGCGGCUACGAGCUCGGUACGCGGCCGCCGCCUGUUCCGCCCAAAUCUCCGCUCGCGCAGGCAGUGCCGGCAGUCCCAGCCGUGCCGAAGCCGCCAUUGUCGCAGAUCACGCAGGCUUCGGAGAACUCUGCGGCGCUGAUCGAACGACACCGCGACGCUAUCCAGAAAGUGGCCGCGAGGAAGGAAACUGACGAAGCAGAAGCCGCCACGCCACCCAAAACCCAACACGCGAAGCCUACGAAACACCAGCAGAGCAUGUCGUUCUCGGCGCUUGCGACGGGGCAGCAACCUCAAGCCCCCAGCAGCGGGGGAAAGGACAGUGUACUGAGCCGCGGCGCACACAAUCGACACAGCAGCUGGGGCGGCUCCGCCCGCUCCGGCGGCGUAUUCAGUGAGGACGAGCCGCUCCCCGAGCCGCAACCGGUGCGUCAUCCAGCUGCGCCGGUUACCGUAGCUAACGAGCAGUUGACAGUAGAGAACCUGAGUCUGUUCAGCCAGCAGAGCCCGAAGCCGCUCGCGUUCUUGCCGCCGAAUAAGCGGCCGAAGGCGAAAGGCAAGGCCAAGGACAAGACGGGCAAGAAGGACAAGGAGAAGGGCAAGGGAAAAGGCAAUGAGAAAGAGAAGGCAAAGGAGGGUAAGAGCGACAAGCCCGUCAUGUUGGACAAAGUGGACAAGGGUAAAGGCAAAGCGACCAACGAGGAGCUCGACGCCCUCUUCGACAACAGCAAGUUUGACCUACUCCAGGCGCUCGAGAACGUAGACCGGUUCCGCGCCGAAGGCCCCGGGGCCGAUAACAUCGCGCACAUGCGCACGCUCGCCAUGUUGAGUGCGGCCACGGGUGGGGCGCUGAACAACUUCAACGUCCCCGAGCAGAAAGACGCAAACACGAGCGGCGAGAACAGCGGUGACGCUGGUGAAGCCGGUGGCGACGCUGACACCCUGGGCGAGACGGGCGACAAGCGCAGGAUGCACAACUCAUUCCACACGACCACCACCGAGAGCUUCGGGCACAUCUAUCACCGCGACGGCCGGCCAGUCCCGCCGCCCAACGCCGGGCCCUCGGGGCGCUUCUCGCACCAUCGCCAUCACUCCUCGGGCGGCGCGCUGGCUGAUAUCAGCGAAGCUACCGAGAGUCGCGAUGCGAAGCACCAGGUCACGACCGUCGAGGACGUCCCGGACGUGCCACUCGGCGCUCGGGCUCCAGGCGCAUCGGUCAGCGCCGCUCCACCAGCAGCUCCAGCGCUGCCGGUGGUCACCGCACCAGUGCGCCCAGCCACCCCCGAGGUGCCAGAGCCCGAGAUACCCGAUCUCGAGCGCGAGAUUCUGCAAGCCGGUGCACCCCCGCCAUCGACGACGCCCGAGUCCGAGGCCAGCUCCUCAUUCACGAAGCUGCAGGGAUUGCUGGACCGCUCCUCGUUCCACGACGAGGUGCUGUGCCAGCUGCUCGACGCGAUCCACAACCGCCUCAUUGGCGAGGAGGCGCAGAAGGCACUCAUCCGGGCUGCCAAGGCUCGCGUGAUCGAGCUCAAGGACAUGAAGGCGCGUGGAGAGGAGAUACUGCUUAGUCCGCCGCGGGGCAGUACAAGACCGCUGAAGAUUAACAAGAGGUCAAAGCCGGCCAAGAAGGAGGAAGCUGAGAAGGACACGACGGAGAAGGAGAAGAAUAGCCUCGAGCCUCCAGCCAUGACUCGCGAGCCGUCCCAGGACCUCCCCUCCGUGUUGCACACGCCGACGGAUGAACUUGCGAGCUCUGGCCCGGCCAGCUCUAGUCGCUCAGCGACCGACGGAUACAUGCCCCGAACGGAGACUGAUAUGAUGCAAGACUGGACCAAGAAGAACGGUCUGAAAUCCUGGGCCUUCAAGCCAGCCAGGAAGAAGACAGCCGCCACCACAGACUCAACCGGUCUUCCCUCCCUGCAUGGCACGCCGUUCACGACCGGCCCGAACCCGACACCGAUGCACCGUGACCCGACUCCCCCGGGUUCUUACGACGCGCAUCUUCAGAAUACGUACACGGCGCCGCGCAAAUCGAACCCGUCGCCAUGGACUGGGGGCUCAUACGGCGCAACAGGUGUGCCAUCCCAUGGCCCUUCGACGUCGUUCGGCGGCCAUCCCGGUCAGGACUUUGGCGGUCCGCUGCCACAGCAGAACUUCAACUCGUUCGGCCGCGGUCACACGCCGGCAGCGUCUUGGAGUGGUCCCGAUGGGGCAUACACCACUCCAGCAUUCACUCAACCGCCUCGCGACGCGCGGGAUACGGACCAAACCUACACGAGCCCCGAGAUGGCUCGCGCUGGUCCCAGUUUCGGUGGCCUGCCUGGGCCUUUCGCUGGCAUGAACCCCAUUCCCCUCGCCGGUCCAAGUGCGGGGUUCGACGCGCCGUACCGGGUGGAACGUUUCUCGAUGCCCGUGUCUGACGAGGAGCUGCGCACGACCGCGGAUAUCAUCAACGGCACGCGUACAUUUGUCGUCCCCAUUGGCAGCCUGAGUGGCCCAGGCGCCUUUGACUUCCUCGACGGGCCGUUCCCACUCGGCUUCGCUUUGCCUCACCCGCAUCCAGAGCAGGACCCCUGGGACAAGUCGGCGAGCAUCCACACGCUGUACUCGGAACUGCCGAAGGAGUCCACCCCGCCCACAAAGAAGGACGGAGACGCCGGGUCCGACACGAGCCGCGCGCCAACGGUGCCGCCCAAGGACACGCCAAAGAUCUCUCAGAAGACGGUGCCGGCCACUCACCCGGACACGCCGAAGACUGCCCCUGUUGAGGAGAAAGCUAAUACAUCAAAGCCUGCCUCCCCCGGGAAGACGCCGCGCAUGGCGGACCUGCACCUACCGUCUGAUCCCGGCGCAGCGCCUGCAAUCAGACUCCAGGCGCCAACGACAACGGACCCAACGGCCGUGACGGCGAGCAAAUCGACCUCGACGCCAGCAACGGACGUAACGGCACACAGCGCUGCGAACUCCUCAUUCGAGCGGCCAAAGUGGGACGCAGCCCCGCGCGAGUCCUUCAGGACGGCCCAGACCCAGCCUCAGCUGCCGGCCUAUCAGUCUCAGCCGAGCUCGCCGCAAAAGCCCACCGGACAGCCCUUCUUCCCUCCCAAUAAUCGGUCCGCUCCGUCGUCACCGAAGAAGACCAGCGCGCAGAAGACAUCCAACGGUGGGCCCAACGGCACGCCAGUGUCUGAAAAGGCACGGAAAGAGAAGCAAGCGAAGGAGCCGAAGCGCCACUCGGGAGGAGACAAUAGGCAGCCUCAGAGCGCCGCACCAUCAUACUCGACCACGCACACUCUGCGAGGAAUCGGGAGCGUCAUGUCCCCCGAGACGAUGACGACGAACAUCUCUCGCGAGCUGAAGCAGCCGGACCAUAUCACGGAGCGGUUGUAUGCGUGGGCGAGGGAGAAGUCCGAGGUCGACUUUGUGGAGACAUUGGAGCGGCUCUCGGGCGGUGACGAGAUCCGCGAGUUCCCGCUCACAAUAUUCACACUCCAGACGUGGAAGCGCUACGUCAAGGCUAAACUGGAGCGCGGGGCAGAGUGUGACCGCCUCCUCGUCCCUCCAGAGCUGUGUGAUACCAUCAACCGGGCAGUUCAAGCCGAAUACAACGACGCAGCCAACUACCUCCUGCAAGCGUGGGCGCCGUUUGGGCGGGAGCGCGCGCCGCGUCUCAUCAUCAGCCUGCACCGGCACGGAGUCCACCCCAUAGCUGACAGCAGCCUCGAGCGACGAGUCACCCGACCCCCGCCCGCACCUGUGGUGGAACGCGAUCGCGCGCGCGUGGCCGGACCUGACUCUGCCUGA